GUUCACUUCCGCCUGCCCCGCCCGAGCGCCAGACCAGCCGCUCUCUUGCUCUUUAACCGGAUCCUGCUCAUCGAGUUGAAACUCGGGGACCAUCAAGAUGCCGGCUUACCACUCUUCUCUCAUGGACCCGGACACCAAACUCAUUGGAAACAUGGCACUGUUGCCCAUCAGAAGUCAGUUCAAAGGACCCGCCCCUAGAGAGACAAAAGAUACAGAUAUUGUGGAUGAAGCCAUCUAUUACUUCAAGGCCAAUGUCUUCUUCAAAAACUAUGAAAUUAAGAAUGAAGCUGAUAGAACCUUGAUAUACAUAACUCUCUAUAUUUCCGAGUGUCUAAAGAAACUCCAAAAGUGCAAUUCCAAAAGCCAAGGCGAGAAAGAAAUGUAUACUCUGGGAAUUACUAAUUUUCCCAUUCCUGGAGAGCCUGGUUUUCCACUUAACGCGAUUUAUGCGAAACCUGCAAACAAACAGGAAGACGAAGUGAUGAGGGCCUAUUUACAGCAGCUAAGGCAAGAGACUGGAGUGAGACUUUGUGAGAAAGUUUUUGACCCUCAGAAUGAUAAACCCAGCAAGUGGUGGACUUGCUUUGUGAAGAGACAGUUCAUGAACAAGAGUCUUUCAGGACCAGGACAAUAAGGAGAACUGGGCAGACGCUGUUUUCACAGCCGUUGGCAGCAUUUUACAGCAAGAUGUACACAGUUCUUUGCCUUUAAUUCAUAAAGUUUUAUACAGAAGAGAGAAGAGAAUGUGUCUUUACUUGAAAAGUUCAUUAUCAAGAAUUUGUGAGGGGGAGAAUGAAUUGUCAAAGGGUGAUUUGAAAUUUUCUGCAUUAUUAAGCUGGUGCUUAAUAAAUAAUAAUAAAGAAAUUUCUAACA